AUGCCUUUCAACUCCGCUUCUGACGCUUUUCAACUCCACCCCGACGUUCGCUUGUAUAGAACGACGCUGAAGCAGACGACGCUGGGGCGAUCGAACCGGGGCGGCGGCGCGGCUGGGCAGGUCGCGUUCGGUGGCGCGGCCACCACCAGGGACCCGUCCGAGGUCGCGGACGAGGCGGAGACGCACGCGUUCCUGUCGCAGCUGUUCCAGCGCGUCGGCGAGGCUGGCGUCGCGGCCAACGCGGGGGAUUUCGCCGGCGGCGGCGCGUUCACGUCGCAUCCGCUCGUGGUGGCGUCGACAUCGCGGAUGAUCGGCGCGUACGCCGCGUGGCUCGGGCAGUCGCGCGAGGGGCAGGCGAUGGCGCAGGGCGCGGUGACGUACCUUCUCGGCGCGCUCCGCGUGCCGGAGGCGUUCGCGCACGCGAGCGCGGCGUUCCGGAACGUCCUCGCGCGGUGCGCGGCGCGGUUCAACUCCGUCGCGGCGGCGACGGCGUUGAUGGACGCGGCGAACGAGCGGACGCCGGCGCGCCCGCCGCCCGCUUCUUCUUCUUCUUCUUCUUCCGGCGGCGGCGGCGACGAUGAUGAUCGAGCCGCGAUCGUGGAGGGCAUCGCGCGCGUGAUCGCGUCCAUGAGCGACGCGAACGUCGCCGCGGACGCGGGGCGGCGGCUCGCGGAGCCGCCGCUGCGACGCGCCGUCGCGCACGCCGCCGGCGGCGGCUCCGACGCGAACGCGUCGCUCCUCGCCGCGGAGCUCUCCCUCCUCGCGUCCGCGGUCAGGUUCCUCGAGUUUCCCGCGAUCGCAGAGGCGGAGGCGGCGAACCACCCCGCGAUGGCGGUGGUAUCGCACGCGUGGCCGACGCUGUCGACGUUCGCCGGGGACCCGUGGCGGGGGGUGCCGAAAGUUCAAAACGCGUUGUGCGACGUGUACACGCGCGCGGUGCUCUGCGCGAAGCGCUCCGCGAAGCCGCUGCUGCCUCACGUCCUCGCCGCGCUGAAGGACGCGUUCACGGCGUCGCCGAGCGCGAACGCGCGGUGCCUGGACGUCCUCGCGGUGAUCGUCGAGGUGUUCAGCGUCGGCGGGAGUAGCGGCGCGUUCGCCGCCGCGCGCGACCCCGGCGGCGUCGUUACAUCCGCCGCGCCCGCGUCCGCGACCUCGGACGACGGCGUCGCGCGCGUCGCGGACCCGUCCGUCGCGGAGGCGCUGUCCUCUGCGCUCCUCACCGCGUCGCAGACCGCGCACUCGACGCUGAGCGCGUCGCCGCUGUCGGACAACGCGGACCUCGCGCGCGCGACGUUUGAACUCGCGCGCGCGUUUGCGCUGCACGCGCCGGCGAUUCUUUUGACGUCGCCGGCGCUGCCGCCGCUCGCGGAGAUGGCCGCGGCGGCGCUCAGCACGCUCGAGCGCGACGCCGUGCGCGCUGCGGUCGCGUUCUUGUCCGUGAUCAUCGCCCCCGGGGAUAAAGCGAGCGCGAGCGCGACGUGGAGUCGAGGGAAGGGCGCGGUCGACGCGUUCGCGUCGACGCGCGGCGAAGCCGUCGUCGCCGCCGUCGUCGCCGCGGGCGCGGACACGUGCCCGCGGCACCUCUUACGCCCGACCGCGCAGCUCCUGCACGCGAUGCGCGGCGCGUACGGCGCGAUCGUAGACCAGUGGAUCGCGAGCGUCGUGCUCUCGAACCCGGCGGGAGGGUUCCCGAACGCGCCCGGCGUGGAGCCGCUCGACGGCGCGACGCUUCGGACGUUUUGCGAGCUGGCGUCUUCGAACCGGUUGCCGCCGCAGCGGUGGACCGCGCUCGUGGUGGACUUUUGGCUCGUGUGCAGGAAAGAGGCGACCGCGGACGCGCUGCUCGCGCAUCAGAUGUAGACGCGAUGGACGGAGACGCGCGGAGAGAGAGAGAGAGAGAGAGAGAGAGGAGCUACUUAGACGAACGCUCGAGCGCGUUUGCACCGCGUGACUGAGGGCGAUUAUAAUAAAAAAAGUUCAUCGGUCAGUU